CAUUACUAUUGCCGAGUCAUGUUGUUAUUACGAUUCUUAUAAAAUAAUAAAACACAGUUCUAUCAGACGCCCGAAGUCGUAUAACGUGUUAUUUGUUUGGUUUGAAAUAAUGGCUCCUGAAAUAAAAUAUAAUAAAAUCUUCAUCGACAAUGAGUGGGUGGACGCCGUGAGUGGAAAGACAUUUGAAACUUUUAAUCCGCACGAUGGCGCUACUAUCGCCAAAGUUGCUGAAGGCGAUAAGGAUGACAUCGAUGCUGCCGUUCAAGCAGCCAAGCGAGCUUUCCAUCGUAACUCAGAAUGGCGUUUGAAAGACGCUUCCGAGAGAUGCAAGAUCCUCUACAAGUUUGCUGACCUCCUGGAUAGAGACGCAGAAUAUUUAUCCCGCCUGGAGACUUACAAUAAUGGGAUGGUGGUAGGAUUGUCCCGAAGAAUGAUUGGAGGAGCAGGCUACACCGUACGAUACGUUGCAAGUUUGGCAGAUAAGAUUCAGGGCAGCACUAUACCUAGUGAUGGCGACUUGUUUUCUUACACGUUGAAGCAACCAGUAGGAGUAUGCGGCCUUAUCCUGCCUUGGAACGCGCCCUUACUCAUGUUUAUCAAUAAAGUUACAACAGCCUUAACAGCUGGCUGCACGGUGGUGGUGAAGCCGGCGGAGCAGACGCCGCUCACGGCGCUGGCGCUGGGCGCGCUGCUGGCCGAGGCGGGCGUGCCGCGGGGCGUCGUCAACAUCGUGCCGGGCUACGGAGAGACCGCCGGCGCCGCGCUCACCCACCACCCCGACGUCGCUUUGAUCUCCUUCACUGGCUCUCUCGAGGUUGGAAAGCUGAUACAACGAGCAGCUGGAACCAAUAAUUUGAAGCGUGUCGCCCUUGAGCUCGGUGGCAAGAGUCCGCUCAUUAUUAUGAACGAUGCCGACUUGAAUAAAGCUGUGCCUUUCGCUGCACAGUCAGUAUUUGUGCAUCAGGGCCAAAUCUGUAUCGCCGCCUCUCGCUUGUUCGUCCAGGCCGAAAUAUACGACAAGUUUGUACAGAAGGCUGUGGAGCUGGCCAAGUCUUGGAAACUAGGCGACCCAGCGCUUGAAACUACUCAGAAUGGUCCACAGAUAGAUGAGUCGAUGAUGAACAAGGUUUUAGGAUAUAUAGAGAAAGGAAAAGCCGAGGGUGCGAAACUUCUUACUGGUGGAAAGCGAGUGGGCACAUCUGGUUUCUACAUUGAGCCGGCUGUGUUUGCUGACGUCAAGGAUGACAUGACCAUUGCUAAGGAAGAGAUCUUCGGACCCGUACAGAGCAUUCUUAAAUUUAAUACGUUGGAGGAGGCGAUCGACCGCGCCAACGCCACCAACUAUGGUCUUGCGGCGGGCAUCUUCACAUCUUCUAUAGAAACUGCGCUUCAAUUUAGCAAAUACGUGGAAGCUGGUAAUGUUUGGGUAAACACAUAUAUGCAACAUGGGCCACAACUUCCUUUCGGCGGCUUCAAAGAAUCUGGUGUGGGAAGGGAAAAUGGCUUGGACGCGGUCAACGCAUAUUUAGAGGUGAAAACUGUUACUAUAGCAGUUCCAAAACAGAUAUGAUUUUUCUUUUAAUGUAAAAUAAAUAAUUAAAUAUU